AUGGCUGAAACACUAGGCUUAGCUUUAGCAUUGAUCACCUUUACCGCUCAAAGCACCAAGGCGCUCUAUGAGACACUGCAGAGCUUCCGCUCCCACUCCAAACGCGUCCAACGCCUGCUAGAGGAGUUAGAGGACUUAAGCCGUGUGCUAGGCCCUCUCUCCGAGAUUGUGCACGGGAAGGUAGCGGUCGACCUUUCAGCACUAGAGAUACCUUUACAACGAUGCGGUAAUGCUUGCAAAGACUUUCAGCAGAUACUCCUACAAUGCUCUUCGCAAUCGGGUAGUGACCGUACUAGCUUUCGUGGCUGGGCAAAGCUGACCUAUAUGGGUGAUGAUAUUGAUGGUUUCAGACAGCUCCUGUCAAGCUACAAGUUAACCAUGAACAUUGCUCUUACGGAUGUGACUCUCCGCAGAUCGACUGUAACGGCAGAACGCCUUGAAGCUUUCAGGAAGCUCAUCGAAGAGGCUAAAGACGGCCUUGAAGUUCGCCUGGAAAGGAUUGAUGGAAAGCUCGAGCAGAUCUUUGAGCGAAGCGUAUCUGUCCCUGGUCCGGAUGCAUCUGAAAUGGAGUUGAUCAAGGAGGAACGCUUCAGCACCGAAAGGUGCAUCCAGAUUUGCUCCAAGCUAUCUGACCAUAUAGACCAGAUCCAGCCAACUAUCAAAUCCAGUGAAUGCCCGUCAAAGUUAGUAAAUACAGGCGUCUUAUGCGAAAGGAUUACCGAUGAGCGCUUGCUGUCAUGUCGAAAUGGAUUAGCUGAAACGACCAAAACGCUAGAAAAACGGCGGCAGUAUCUAAUACGGCAAUUGAUUGCCAAAUGCAAAUCCGCUGUGGAUUCCGAGGAGGAGGAGUUAGAGCUGACGAGACUGCAAGAUGAAUGGGAGGCAGCUCGCCAGUGUAUGGGUAUCUGGUCUCGAGCAGACCACAACCUGAAGGAAAACAUCAGCGUCAUUGAAAACCACGCAACUGGUGGAGAUGCCUGGCAGUAUAUGCUAUCAACCACCGGACAGAUCCUGCAUGGGAGAAACGAAGGACAUGGAGGACAGAUCAGACAGAUGGGUGGCCAUAUGAGUGAAGAGGCCGUCAUGCAGCUGUCUCGGGAUUGGGUACGCAUGGCAGACAUGAAUGAGCGUCUUACUAAGAACGCUGAUGCGAUUCAGCAAAGCGACGCAACAUCAGUCGAGUUAAAGCCCACACUAAGCUGA